UGCAUGCAGUGCUGCAACCACUCCGACACCUUUGACACGUGCCUGGACAUUGCACUCCAUAUUAAUAACUCAUCAGAUCUUGUGGAGGCAUUUGAAGAGUUUUUUAACAAGGAGACGCUGGACGAAUACACCUGCGGAAUGUGCUGCUGCAAGGGGGAAGCGACGAAGACGAUGGCUCUCCACCGCCUGCCCAACGUCCUCACCGUCUCCAUCAAGCGGUACAACCUCUACGGCGUCAAGAUCAACCGGAACAUCACCUACCCGGAGCACCUGGACAUGCAACCCUUCACCUCAACGUCUCAGGGCGAGCCCGCGAUCUACUCCCUGUACUCGGUGCUGGUGCACAAGGGAGCCAACUCCAACAGGGGUCAUUAUUAUUGCUACAAUAAGGUAAUUCCAUUCGUUACUAUCAAACAAAAACAACGCACAUCUGCAAUGCGCCCAUAAUGUUACC